AUGGCUUUGACCUCAACGGCAACGGCAACGGCAAUGUCAACAUCAUCAUCACAAUCACCAUCACCAUCACCAUCACCAUCACCAUCACCAUCAACAUCCGCACCAGUGUCGCGGAAGAGACGUCUACCCGGCAAAAGAACCAAUUCCCUGGGUUGGGCUAAGUCGGAUUGCCACACAUGCUCUGCGCUCCACCGGCACUGCGAUAGACGAAGGCCUCGAUGCAGCGCUUGUCUCGCCGAUGGAGUCAUCUGCGCGGGCUACGUGCAACAGUUGGACUGGGAACGAGGCACGUUGCGGAUGGAGAAAUCCAAGUUCAAGCCCUUGGGUACCACCAUCAAAUCCGAACCGGAACGACCCGCCGCGCCCAGCAGUCAACCACUCCCUCGGCCGGCUUCAUUCGUGUUCGUGGAUCAGCUGCAGGAGGCCAGGAAGCGAAGCGCAAGACGGAAAUCGAGGAAGAGUUCCCAAUCGAGCAUUUCGACAAUCGCUUCGAACAACACCAAUGCCAGCUCUAUGGUGGUGAAGGGCAGCCCAAUCUCGAUGAUGACCUCGGGCCCUUCUCAUUCCUGGAUGUGGGAUCCUAGUUCCCCGACUUCGCCACUCUCCUCCUCGACGCUGUCAUUGACGACCACUACGAAUACACCGCCGGCCGAGUACGAUGCACAGGACUUUCGUCUCUCCCUAUCUCCCUCGGUUGGAAGUCAUCCUGGGGACUUCGAAUACUCCCUAUCUUUCUACCACUCCUGCUUCUCCUAUACCAGUCUCACCUACGCCGUGCAAGUCAAUCCGUGGCAGGCGGCGCUUCCACAUAUUCAAGACGACGUUUCCUGCGUGCGCGAUGCGGCCGUGGCCCUGUCGCAACGCCAGCAAGCACAUCUGCGCCGCAAGCCGGAAGGGCUGUCAGUCCUCCGGCUCAAGGCGCGCGCACUGGCAAUGUUUGCGACCCGGUUAACCGACUUGUCGUUUGAGUCCGGGAUCAGCACUUCUCUACUUCUGCUCGCCCUCGACUACGCCGAGUCGGGCGUUUCGAACUGGUCGAUCCAUCUGCGAGGGGCUUUUCGCAUUCUCGAACACAACGGCGGCAUCUGCUCCGCCGAAUCGCGUCCGCGGUUGAGAAGCCAGAUCGCCAUGCUCCUCUGGUACGAUGUCAGUGCUGCACUGAUCUCCCGGUGCGGACCCAUCUUCCCCCGACAAUACCUGGAGGCCCUGAUGACGUGGCAAUCCGAGCACGAAUGGAGCAUUUUGGCCCUCAAUGGCCUGCCGGAUGACAUGUUCCUCGACAUGCAUGACCUCGCUGUAGCAGCUGCACAUCCCGAAACGGUCUCGCCAGAGACGAUUUCAGAGCUGGCGGCCAAGAUCGUGGAUGCCCAGGUUAAUGAACACGCUACCAGACAGCUCACCUUGAUGUCCAAGGCUUGGAAGACGACCCUGUUGCUAUACAUGUCACGCGUCCUCUGGCCUCGUCGAAGACAGACACAGAUGGCCAGCCAGUCGGGAAUGGACAUGGAAAUGGAAAUGGCAUUUCCCUCAACGUUGUCGACACUCAACCCACACAGCCUAGCACGAGAGAUUCUCGGGUUAGCCAUUGAGAUCCCAUCCCAUAGUAAUUUCCAGAAACAGUGCCUGCUGCCCAUCAUCCUCGCGGGCUGCGAGCUGACCAUGGCGGACGAAGGUCUUAGGAAGUUCGUGGUUGACUAUGGCGAGCGCUGGAAACAAAAGACUGGAAUCUGGAUCUUCGACUCCGCCCUGGAAUUUAUGAGGCGCGUCUGGGAGACCGACGACGCCCACAAGGCCCUUGUACCACAGAAUAGCUGGAGUGAAGCCCAGGAUGAGGACGUCUAUGGCGCUUGUGAUCCUGCCAACAGGAUGGAUGAUGGCAUAGCUGUUCCUUGGACAGAGAUCUUCCCACCAAGCGUCGAGCACGGGUAUCUGUUCGGCUGA